AUGGGUCGAAGCACCAUCAACCUAGAGCCCUAUAAGACUGAAAUUCUUUCCCUUUACGGAAAUGAGACUCCUUUGAAUACAAUUCUUGAGCAUAUCAAGGCAAGGCACAAUGUCGAAAUCAGCAAGCGUACACUUGAGUCUCGACUGAAAGAUUGGGGUGUUAGAAGGCAGGACCACACAAUCGGCUCUUGCUCUCAACUUCAUGCACGGAUUCGGGAACUAUUCUUUCAGGGUGGACUAGAGGACAAGGAGAUACUCCGUGUCCUAGAUGACGAUGGAUUCUCCAUCACACCACGAACCCUCAGGAGAAUACGAGACCAACUUGGGCUUACGCGCUGCCUACGUGACCCAGUUGAGCAACAAAUCCAGGAGGAGCAGAUGCGCCAAACGCUUGUACACGAAGCAGAACAAGGACGAAUCCAAAGCUUCGGCAAGGAAAUCCUUUAUCGUCAUAUGCGUGGCCAGGGCUACAACAUUUCUCGAGCUAUUGUGGCAUUUUACCUGUUGCAAAUUGAUGUCAGCACUGAGGAUGGCCAAAUAAUCAAGUCCUUAGACCAAAUUGAGCAAGUCCGGCAUCGGAUUGAAGCGCGCACGAUUGCAUCCCUUAAUGAUCUCAUUCAAAACGAUCUUCUUUCUACCCUUGCCGAGCAUAAGUAUACACGGGAGGAAGGAGAUAUCCAUCGACUAGCAACUAAUGUCACGAAGAAGGUACCAACCUAUCUCAGUCGGACGGCAGAUAGACGUCAAGCAGUUGAGGAUUUGCUUCAGAAUUGGUUCGAGUGUCGUACCGUUACUGGUGGGGAGCGAGAAUACUAUGUUUUUGUCAUUAUCGAGCGUCAUUUGUCUUCGUACAGGGAUGAUUCGACUAUCAAGGAGGAGGAUUCUUCUAUCAAAAGAGAGCCAGCAUCUCCUCGCAUCAAAGCUGAGCUAUCAUCGCCUGUGGAAAAGACAACAACCAGCAAGAGACAGCGAACGAAGCAUACGGGUCUAGCAGACCUCAGGGAACAGGAUACUCUUACAGAUGAGGACCUUUUUGAGGCCCCUUCAAUCGAAGAGCUACUGGAGAACCCGAGAGCAGCAAGAGCAGCUUCAAUCACUACCGCCACAUCUUCUUCAGCGGCCACUGCUCCAUCAUCUUCCUCUUCUCGGAGCCGUAAACGCUCUGCAGGCUCAAUGGCGUCGACUGCUUCAGAGGUCUCUUACCGUACACGAAGGAAUCAUGUUCUCAAUGCAGAAGAUGAAGGUCGUAUUGCUGAAUUUGGGCCCUUCAUUGAAAGGAAAUAA